CCACGGUCCCACUUUUACAACCUUGUAUUCGUACUACUCUUGGUCGACAUUGAGCAUGCAGUAUAAGAACAUUGCUCUCCACUCCGUCUUCGAGUUUCCGGACCUCACACCGCGCCGCGACAACCACUCACCAUGUACUUCCCAACAUCCCUCCUCCUCUCCCUACCCUUCCUACUCUCCACAUCCGCCUGCGCAUCAUCCACUUGCCACUUCAUACCCUCCACAAACGCCACAGCCUCCAAUUACCCCGGCUCCAGCACCACAACGACGUACCCCUACGACCUCAACACCCUCUCCUCCGUGCCCAUAGCCUCGAUCUGCAACUCAGCCAACGCGACCGAGGAACUCGCCUGCGCGCGCAAAUAUAUCGACGCCAUCGACGAGCAGCUCGCCUUUCUCUACGCGCGGCGACUCGGCUACGCUGCCGUGGCCGGCGCGUCCAAGUAUAGCACGAAUUCUUCCUUGAACGAUCCCACGCGGAAUGGCGUUGUGGCCGAGGGCAUGGCGCAGAAGGUGCUCAAGUAUGGAGGGAGUGCGGAUGCGGGGAGGGUAUUGGGAGGUGAGGGAUGCAUGAUCUUUGCGAGUCUGGGGUACGAAGUGGCACAGAUCCAGGAAGACUGCGAUCCGGCGUUCUCGGCGAACUUCACAAGAGUAUGUUCGUAAGUGGGGAGGGGAGCAAUUGAAGAGAGAAGCAGCUCGGCUGAAACGGGCAUGAUUGGUAUUUCACUGUGGCAAGUUAGUCGUGGUGACUACUGCUUUGUACAUGAUAGCGCCUUAAACGCGGUGAAGU